CUCCCGGUGCUGCAGGGAGCUGUAGUCCCGGUGCUGUUGGGAGCUGUAGGGAGCUGUAGUCCCUGCAGCCGCCGCCUACAGCUCCCGGCGGGCCUUGCCCUCGCUGCCGCUGGGACGGGCUGAGAUGGCGGCGGCGGCGCGGCUGACCGGCACCGAGAACCGUCUGGUGUCCCUGCCCCUGUCGCGGAUCCGCGUCAUCAUGAAGAGCUCCCCGGAGGUGUCCAGCAUCAACCAGGACGCGCUGUUCCUCACGGCCAAGGCCACGGAGCUUUUUGUUCAGUAUUUGGCUACAUACUCCUACAAACACGGCAGAGGGAAGGAGAAGAACGCUCUGACGUACACUGACCUGUCUCAUACAGCAGAAGAGUGUGAGACCUUUCAGUUCCUUGCAGAUAUCUUGCCAAAGAAGAUCCUAGCUAGCAAAUACCUAAAAAUGCUUGAAAAAGAGAAGCGAGAUGGAGAAGUGAGGGAAGAUGAUGAUGAGGCUGAGGAGGAAGAGGAUGAAGAUGAAGCUGUUGGUGACAGUGUUGGAUCUUAAGGCCAAUGGAGAAUUGUUUCAUAGUUGAUCCAUUUUUCUAUUGUAUAAAAGGAUGUUAUUUUUGUGACUGAGAAUCCAGAUGCUGGAUGUAUUUUUACACUGAGCCAUCUGCUUUUGCUUUAAGAAGUUUAGAAAUUGAACUUUAUACUCGUUGGAGAAUGGAAUUCUUCCCUCAGAAACACGGCAGGGUAGGAAGAGACAGUGCAAACCUGACAGCAGAGCUUGGUCAGGUGAUUUGAAAUGACUUUGUCAGACAAUCAUUACCCAAAUUUAAAAUUUCUUACAGGCAGCUUUCAGUUCAAAAGCUCCAAAAGUGGACCAAGUCCAUUAAAAAAGUCUGUGAAAGCAGCCAUGUGGGCACCCAAAUGGGAGAGGAGGAGAUCCAUCCCAAGAGCUAAUGGUGGUUCUGUAGCUGUGGUGGUAAAUGGGGUAGGAAAUUAUGUAAAUAUGUGCAUCCAGAACCCUUUUCUUGAAUGAACUCCAGUUCUGCAGUUUCUCUUGCCAAAAUGCACAUUGAAGUCUGUUAAUUGUGGGUUCUUGAGAAAGAGCAGCUCCUUUACCAUGUGAGUGACAGAGAUGGAUUUUUCAUUUGGUUUUGGUUUGCUUUUCUUUUUGUACUACAGAAAUGGCAACCAUCCUGUGUAGAACUUUACAUGCAACUUUUUAAAAUAAAUGUUUUGUAUGAAAACUUGACAA